AUGGGGAGUGGAAUCAGUGCUGAGGACAAAGAACUUGCCAAGAGGUCCAAGGAGCUGGAAAAGAAGCUGCAGGAGGAUGCCGACAAGGAAGCCAAGACUGUCAAGCUGCUGUUGCUUGGUGCUGGAGAGUCAGGAAAGAGCACUAUUGUCAAACAGAUGAAGAUCAUUCACCAAGAUGGCUACUCACCCGAAGAAUGCCUUGAGUUCAAGUCUGUCAUCUAUGGGAACGUGUUGCAGUCCAUCCUGGCUAUCAUCAGAGCCAUGUCCACACUAGGCAUUGACUAUGCUGAACCAAGUUGUGUGGAUGCUGGUCGGCAGCUCAACAACCUGGCUGACUCCACUGAGGAGGGGACCAUGCCUCCUGAACUGGUAGAGGUCAUCAGAAAGUUGUGGAAGGACGGUGGAGUUCAAGCCUGCUUUGACAGGGCUGCAGAGUUCCAGCUCAAUGACUCGGCAUCUUACUACCUGAACCAGCUGGACCGGAUUACAGACCCUGACUACCUCCCUAACGAGCAGGAUGUGCUUCGAUCUAGGGUCAAAACCACGGGCAUCAUCGAGACCAAGUUUUCUGUUAAAGAUUUGAAUUUCAGGAUGUUUGAUGUGGGAGGACAGAGGUCAGAGAGGAAGAAAUGGAUCCACUGCUUUGAGGGAGUCACCUGCAUCAUUUUCUGUGCUGCUCUCAGUGCCUAUGACAUGGUGCUGGUGGAAGACGAUGAAGUGAAUCGCAUGCAUGAGUCUCUGCAUCUGUUCAACAGCAUCUGUAACCACAAGUUCUUUGCGGCUACUUCCAUUGUUCUCUUUCUCAACAAGAAGGACCUCUUUGAGGAAAAAAUUAAGAAAGUCCACCUCAGUAUUUGUUUUCCGGAGUAUGAUGGAAACAACUCCUAUGAGGAUGCCGGGAAUUAUAUCAAGAGCCAGUUCCUUGACCUCAACAUGAGAAAAGAUGUCAAAGAAAUCUACAGUCACAUGACCUGUGCUACAGACACACAGAAUGUCAAAUUUGUGUUUGAUGCAGUUACAGACAUUAUCAUCAAAGAAAACCUCAAGGACUGUGGGCUCUUUUAAUGCUCAGUUCCUCAGGUAGCCUCGAGUCUGAGACUUCAUGCAGAAAAUUAGUCAACAUGAACCAGAACAUAUAAGCCCAUUCUGCUGGAGAUAUAGAAGGCAUGCUUAUAAUUGUUUUUCAAGUAGUAUGGCUAGUACACUUUAAAGAAUACAUUGCCAGAGAUCCUAAGGCCCAGGUUCCAGUACUGGUUCUGCUUAGUACAAAAAUAGAAAUGCUUCAUUUCUUUUAAGCAAAAGUCCCUCGUCUAUAAUAAAGGUUAGCUUCCCCACCUACUUUACAGGGUCAUUCUGAAGAGCACAAAUCUAAUAGAGGAGAAAGCACAUGAAAGCUGCUGUGGCUGGCCAUGGAAAGCCACCAUGAAGGCUGCAACCGAUAGACCACCACACUGGGUUAUUAGAAUGGUCUCUCUCAAAGCAUAACAGCAAACCUUCCUUACACUGAGAGAUGAACCAUUAACAAUUAGACAUGUUCCUGUGUGUUUACUGGCAGUGUAUAUGUCUCAGCUCAGAGACCUGGAUCACAGGACGGAAGAUGUGAGCCUGCUCGUUCCUAAGAAACUCAUUCAGAAUUUAUCACCUUUAUUAAAAACAAAUUAUCCCUCCCUCCUACCCUGGGUUCCCACUUUCCUUUCUCUCUUUAAAUGACUGCUUGGCUUUCAAGAGUGUGUGACAGAACUUGAGGACAUCAACACACUCCCACUUAGGCCUUUUCUGCUGCCACUUCUGUAUCACAGAGUUUGAACAAGUUGAGCAAUCUGAAUUCUCAUUCCAACUGUUCCAUGUUUCACAGGAACAAAAAGGACUGCUGAGCUUAAGGCCCUGGAAAUUUUGCAGCUGGGUCCUUGUGAGAUUGGCUGCAAACAUCUCCCCAAACAAACCAGGGAUAAAUUAUUCCUUCGUACUCCUCAGAAGGGAAACGAAGCUUGCAUUUAUCUUGACAGGAGGUGGUGAAGCCAUGUAUAGAUUUAGCAUUUACAACUACUAGUGAGGAAAGAACUUGGCAUCCGUGCUUUAGUAUAUAAAAGAAAGUGUCAAUUAAAAUGAAAGUCUGCUCCUUGCCAGAAACUCCCAUUCACACUUAGCUGCUUCUAGCAAUAUUAAUAGUAGAGAGCCAGCCAGCCUCAUGAGCUUGAAAGCCACUGAAGAACCAAUCUGUACCACUGAAAUAGAAUUCAUGUAAUAGUCUGAAGGAACAAAUGAACACACAGAGACACACACACACACCAACCUGCCAGAAUUACCAUAGGUACUUCUCUAGGAAUGGCUACUAACAAAACCAAAAACUAGAAACAGAAACUAAUAAACCCCACCUGGGCAAGGCAUCUUGCAAAAAAAGGGCAACACAAAGACUACUUUGAAUGGCAUGCCCCAGCCAUCACCAGUCCACUCACUCUAAUGCAGUAUUGAGAGUCUGACUUGGAUCACGGGUCCCUCCAGCAGGAUAAAGGCCAUGGAUCUGUUUUUGGGUUAAUAUUUUGUUUGGUUUUUCUGUUUUUAUGAGCUAGAGUCUCGUUGUAUUGCCAAAACUGCUCUUGUAUUUGUGAGUUCAAGAUAUCCAUCUGACUCAGUCUGGUGAUCAGCCAGGACUUCAGACAUGCACCAACAUACACAUCUCAGAAUGCUCUUGUCUUGUCUGUGCAUCACUUGCAUGACAGGUACCCACUGAGUUCAGAAGAGAAUGUCAGACCCUUGGAAAUAUAAUUACACAUGGUUGUGAGCCACUAAUUGGGUUUUUAGAACCCAGGUCCUCUGGAAGAGGAACCUGAAGAGGAACUUCUCUAGGUAUGACUACUAACAAUUACUAGAACUAAAAGAAGAAACAAACUCCACCUGGGCAAAAUAAGUUGCAAAAAAGGGUAAUACCCAAAAGGGCAGAGUGGCUCUGCCCCUCAGAAGGCUUUAAAAUUGCAUAAAAUAAGAUUCAGAAUUUCAAAGGAAAUAAGCAAAUGAAAGAAUUUUAUGUGUAGAUUCUGGAGCUUAAUGAAGCUGAGGUAGCUUUCUGGACCUGGCUGAGCAGGAGGUACCAUCAUGGGGGUUGACAUUCACCACAAGGACUGGAAGGUUUGGCACAAGGAGUACAAGAGCCACGACAUCUACCUGCAGCUGCUAGUUAAGCUGUACAGGUUUCUGGCCAGACGAACCAACUCCACCUUUAAUCAGGUUGUGCUGAAAAGGUUAUUUAUGAGCUGCACUAACUGGCCACCUCUGUCCCCGACACACAUGAUCCAAAAGAUGAAGCUUGCUGGCCGAGAGAGCAAAACAGCUGUGGUUGCAGUGACGGUCACAGAUGAUGUGAAG